CCGGGGUGCAGCAGGCGCGACUCGCUCCGUGAGACGUGAACCUUGGCUUCUCACACCCGGACCGCGGCGGAGAAGGAGCAGAAACCGCGGCCAGAUUCCCUGGUCCUCUCUCAGGAACAUCACGGAGACCUUUGGGCACCAUGGCCUCGUAACGAUGGCGGAACCCGAUUUAUCUGCUCUCAGCAAGCACAGCUAGAAAGAACCUGUCCCCUUCCUCUCCCAGGUCACGCUACCUCACUCUCCCACUUUCCCUCCUCUUUUCCUUCAUUUCGUGCGUCACUGGUCCUGUUUUCCAGCCGCGGUGAUGGAUGGCAUAGAGCCCCUGCAGCCCAGCGUCAACGCCAGGUACGUGUCUGCUGUCCCUGCCAACCGCGGCCUCUUUGAGGAUGGGGAGAGUGAGGACCAGGCCCCGCUCCUGCCCAAACGUUCCACGACGCCGCUCCCGGUCGUACGCCACAGUCCAAAAGACUCCUACAGCCUGGUGUACAUCAUCUUCUUCCUGAUGGGCAUCGGCUCUCUGCUGCCCUGGAACUUCUUCAUCACCGCCAAACACUACUGGCUCUACAAACUGAGCAACAAUACUGACCACACCAGCCGCGAGGAGCUCCGCUCAGACCUCGGUGACUACUUCGAGAGUUACCUGGCUAUUGCCUCUACGGUGCCUUCUGUGCUGUGUCUGGUACUCAACUACCUCCUAGUUAACAAAUUGUCUUCGAAUGUACGGAUCCUCUCCUCGCUGGUCUUGAUCCUGCUGGUGUUUGUGGUGACCACAGUGCUGGUGAAGGUGGACAUGUCGACCUGCAGGACUCAGUUCUUCGUCGCCACCCUGGCCAGUGUGGCCCUUGUGAGCGGAGCAUCCAACGUCCUCACCGGCAGUGUAUUUGGGAUCAGCGGGCACUUCCCCAUGAAGAUCUCCCAGGCCCUCAUAACAGGCCAGGCGAUGGGAGGCACUCUGAGCGCGAUGGCGUCAAUGGUGGACCUGGCGUUGGCUGACGACGUGACCAACAGCGCCCUCGCCUAUUUCCUGACAGCUGACGUCUUCAUAAUCAUCUGCAUCGUCGCCUACCUUCUCCUGUCCAAGCUGAAAUACUCACGACACUACAUGCUGGCAGUGACGUGCGCCGGCGCAUCCGAUACCGGUCCGGAGGCGGCGGCGCGAACUGUCCCGCCGCUGCAGCCCAUACUCCGGAAGACGUGGCUGCUGGGCCUCUGCGUCUUCUACGUCUUCUGUGUCUCCAUCACGGUGUUCCCCGCCGUCUCCUCGGCCAUUCAGUCGGUGCACAGGGACACCGGCAGCCCCUGGACCACCACCUACUUUGUGCCCCUCACCAGCUUUUUCCUGUACAACUUUGCAGACUACUGUGGGCGCCAGGCUACGGCCUGGCUGCAGGUGCCCGGCCCCACCAGCCGGAUGCUGCCCACGCUGGUGCUCUGUCGCACCGUGCUCGUGCCCCUUUUUUUGUUCUGCAAUUACCAGCCAAGGGACCACGUCCGUACCGUGCUUUUCAACCACGAUCUGUACCCCGUGGUCUUCAACUGCCUGCUGGGCCUCUCCAACGGCUACCUGGGCACCCUGCCCAUGAUCUACGGGCCCAAGGUGGUGCCGCGGGAGCUGGCCGAGGCUACGGGAGUGGUCAUGUCCUUCUUUCUCACUUUAGGACUGGCCUCGGGCUCGGCCCUCUCGGUGCUCGUCGUGCACUGUAUCUGAACUAACUGUCCAGGGAGGUACGACCCUCAUGUCUCAAUAGAAAAGUGUAAGUGUGCCCCCUGCUGACUCGUGUGAAUACUGCAAGGCACCACAAUUACAAGGGUACUAACACAGCCUUUUUUGGGGGGGGGGAGGGGAGGUGGUUAUAAGAAUGUUGAAAGGGUGCUUUUAAGAAACCCCCACAUUUUUCCCAUGCAUCCUCCCCCAUAGCGUACGUUAACAGAUGUACUGUACUGUCGUGUCUGCAUUGUUCUAGUUCAUGGUCUAAACCUGGAGGCUGUGGUGAGCAUGGCCUCCUUAUGCUUGUCCACCAGAAAGUGGAGAAUGACCAAGUGGUGCUGUAAAACACCUCAGGUAUGAGUAAAGAUGGGAGUGCAUUUUCAGAGGUGCACCCUAAAUAAAUAAAUACUGCUUAUCUCCUACAUUUUAUUUUAUACCCUAAAGCUCAAGACUAUGAACGAAUCAGGUUUGAAUAUUUGGGUAGAAGUCUGUUCGUCAGUUUUCCUGAAUAAAUUGCACAGUAAAUAACUGUUUCCAGAUAGUCUGGUGAGGUUGUACAGCAAGUUUGUGGGUUACCCAUUUAUUGUCUCUUUUCUUUUUUUUAAGAAUGUUUCAUCAGUGUCACGUUGUUGCUUAAACUGCUCACGAUUCACAACCUUUGGUUUAUUCACAACUGGAUUUGACCAAGCUGGAUAAAAUGGACGUUUCCAUUAAAAACUUCACAUUUUUACCCUCACGUCUUUCUUUACAUCCAACAAAUUCUUGCCGGUCCAUCGAGUAUCGCUUAAUCGACAGUGGAAGGCCACACCACUAGAAUAGCUUAAG